UAUUCUUGAUGUGAUGAGGAAUACUCACACUAUAGCAAUGCUCCCCAUCCUAUCAUUCCUAUCUCUUUUCCUCGACCCCUGUAUAUUUCUGUCAACAGGGGUAUUCUUUUUGGUUCGGCGAUUGGUAUUACGCUACUUAAAAACCCAUCGCCUUAGUUAUGAACCUCCGAAAGGACCCUCGGGUAAAAUGCAUCAUAGAAUGAUAUACGGGUACCUCAAUGAAAUUGGAAAAUAUGGACAUAUGCAAUUUGCAGAAUUGGCGAAACAAUACGGACCCAUUUACGAAAUUCGCUUGGGACAAAAAAGAGUGGUUGUGUUAAAUGAGUAUAACCUCAUCAGGCAAGCAUUUCGGUUAGAAGCUUUCUCAGGUCGACCGGACACUGCAUUAACGGAAUUGCUAAAAGGACGGGGUAUUAUAAAUUCAACUGGACCAUUAUGGGAAGAGCAGAGAAAUUUUUUGCACAGUAUGUUGAGGAAUUUCGGUGCCAAAAAUUCAGGCAAAAACAGAAUUCCAAUGGAGAGAAAUAUACAGAAUCAAGUGGAUGAAUUUUUGUCUGAAAUGUAUGAAACAAGAGGUGCUCCUAUUCGCAUCCGGCCCAAACUUACAAGAGGCGUGAGUAAUGUGGUUGGAUUGAUGCUUAUGAACAAAACAUUCGAAACCGCCACAGAAGAUUUCCAACGUAUGGUGUUACUGAUCGAAGAAGGAUUCACUCUUCUGACAACAGCCAUUCCUGUCAACUAUAUUUCCUUUUUACGGUACAUACCCUUCUGGAAUCACGGUUACAUUAAAAUGAAGCAGAAUAAAGCUGAAACGGAGGCAUAUUUCGCAAAGAUUGUAGAGGAACACAAAAGGACAUUCGAUCCCAAUAAUAUCAGAGAUUUCAUCGAUGCCUUCCUUCUUGAAAAACAAAAGGCUGAGAAUGAACAGAAAGAGAAUUUUUUCACAGAGAAACAGCUUCUUCAAGUGUUGGGAGACAUUUACAGCGCAGGUUUAGAGACGGUUACUUCCACUUUGGAAUGGACGAUUGUCUUUCUUUUAAGGCAUCCCGAAGUUCAAGAGCGUGUACAUGAAGAGAUUGAUGAUAUUAUAGGACAGGACAGAAAACCAGAUUUGAGUGAUAUGUCUCACUUGCCUUAUACUGAAGCCAUGCUUUUGGAAGUGCAGAGGAUAGCUACUGUUAUUCCUCUCGGAAAUCCACAUGCCUGUAUACAAAAUGCUAAACUAGGAGGUUAUCUCAUAGAAAAAGGUACACAUGUUAUGUCUAAUCUGUGGGCUGUACAUAUGGAUCCAAACCUUUGGGACAAGCCUGACGAAUUCAACCCAGAGCGUUUCCUAGUGAAUGAUCGUGUAGUGAAACCACCUUAUUUUAUGCCAUUUUCUGUCGGUCGAAGGAUGUGUGUGGGGGACACUUUAGCCAGAAUGGAAAUCUUUCUUUUUAUGGUUUCUUUGCUUCAAAAAUUCAAAUUGUGUGUCCCAGAAGGGCAUGACCCUCCUUCCCGAGAUGGCAACUGUGGGAUUUCAUUCACAGCAAAUCCAUUCACUGUGUGUGUUAUUCCCAGAAACUGAUCAUAAAUGGUGAAAUCCAAUUCAAUAUAUGCCAAUUGUUUCAUUGUAAAUCAUCGGUGAGUCAAGUAUCAAGUCAUUGUCAUCGGCUACCUUUAUUAGCUGUGAAAAGAGUAGUUUCGACAGCAUAGUUAAUUUGAUGUGAAAAUAUUAACUGCCAUCCAGAAGUGAAUAUGAUCAAGUCAUAUUUGCUUCAAACAUCUUAGCGAUUUUAAGCAAAUUUUAGUCAAUAAUUUAUUUAUUUUUGAAUACUAAGUUUGUUUUUACUUAAGUGGAAGCACUUGUUCUAACUUAAGUAAAUACUUAUUUAAUAUAUUAUAACGAAGUAAUAUUUUAAAUUUUCACUGAUAUCUUCCUUUUAACAUUAGAGUUAGUAUUCACAUAUUAUAGCACUUUUAACAGGUGUGAAUAUAUUUAAUAAUUCUUUAAAAAGAUAUUUAUUUUGAGUGCAAUCUUUAGAUUCCAAGACCAAUUUAUUACUUUGAUUGUUCGAAGCGUCCUAAUUUCUUUCCUUUUUCGCCAUUUAUAUAUUAAUAACUUUCUCAGAACCUUUAAUCUUUUUCACCCAAAAGUCAGUAAAUGACUUUCAAAAAUUGAUUAAAUGUAUAACAAAAUUAACUAGUUCCUUUGGAGAUUUUUGAUGAUUAUUAUUUAACCUUAUACUUUUUGCCGAAAAAGAUAAAAGGAGCAAUAAUUUUUAAAAAAAAAGUACGUGGUUUUAUUUAGAUUUUACAAUGCUAAUUCGUGACGCCUUAUUAUCAGAAUGGAUUAUGUCUCGUAAUUUUUUUGCUGUCCAUAAUUUUAAAAUCAGUGAAAAAUAAAGUUUUUCGAUUUCGUAAGUUAAUACAAAUACAGGGUUAUUCAUAAUUCCCUCCGGGGUCUCGAAGCGUUAUGGUAUAAGGACGAAGACGAAUAUGGUAAAAAAAAAAAAAACAUGAAAUUAUUCCGAAAGUAUUCAAGUUUUAAUUUAAGCAGUUGCCGGUAGAUGGCAGUAACAUGAACCACUGAAGCCAGUUGUAGUAAAGAAAAAUGGCGUUUACAGGUGUAGGGAAUUAUAAAUAACCCUGUAUUGGAAUGAGUAUUUUUUGAAUACAUAAAUUAGUUAUAAAAAAUUGUGCCAUUAGUUGAGACGUUGUGUAAAAUAGUGGUGUAAGUCGGUUCCUAUGUAAUAAUUCAUAAUUUUUUUUUUUUUAAUGAGUGCCACUAAUACGUGUUCAAAUAAAAAUCGCACAGUCAAUACAUUCUUAAAUAUAGUCAAUACAGAGUUGACAUGAGAAAAAUAUUUGAGUUAUCCAGAUGCAAAGCAACUUUUUUUUUUUUAAUGAUGCUACUUUUUUU